CAAUAAAGACUCGCCUUCCCCUCGCCUACGACUAACUACUCUCUCUCCCCUCCCCUCCUAAUCAUCAUCGGUCAUCGGACUUGCAGCUCCGGUCUGGGGAUUCGAGGAAGGAGAUGAAAUCGCCAUUGCGCAAGUUCCGGGGACUCGGCCUCCACCACCACCACCACCACCACAAGGAGAGGAAGGACCACCGCCCGCCGCCUGCCAAGCUCGACGAGCUCGGCGACGCCGCCCAGGAAAUGGAAGAAAUGAGGAAUUGUUAUGAUAGCCUGCUUUCAGCUGCAGCUGCAACAACAAACAGUGUAUAUGAGUUUGCAGAAGCUAUGGAGGAAAUGGGGACUUGCUUACUUGAAAAAACUGCAUUAAAUUAUGAUGAUGAUGAAAGCGGUCGAGUGCUGAUGAUGCUUGGAAAGGCCCAGUUUGAACUACAGAAGUUUGUGGAUAUCUAUCGUACAGAUAUCAUAAAUACAAUCACAAACCCAUCGGAGUCACUUCUCAAGGAGCUACAAGUUGUAGAGGAAAUGAAGGGCCAAUGUGAUCAGAAAAGAGAGGAAUAUGAAGCCACGAGAGCAGCCUACAUAGAGAAAGGACGAUCAAGGCACUCUAAAAUAGAAUCAUUAUAUUCAGAACAACUGCAAACUUCUUUUCAUGAGUACCAAGAGGAAGCGGCAUUGUUUAUAUUUCGCUUGAAGUCGCUGAAGCAAGGUCAGUUCCUGAGUAUUUUGACACAGGCUGCUCGCCAUCAUGCUGCUCAGCUGAGUUUUUUCAGGAGGGGGCUGAAGCAUCUAGAAGCUCUAGAACCUUAUGUAAAAGCAGUUGCCGAGAAGCAGCACAUUGACUACAGUGGGCUAGAUGAUGACAGUGAUAUUGAUGAUUACAACUCUUAUCAGGAUAAUCACAGCCAUGGCAGUGAGUUGAGUUUUGACUAUGAGAUAAAUGACAGGGAUAAAGACCUUCCUGCUUCUAGAACUUCAAUGGAUCUGGACCAGGACCAGGCACCCCAGGUGAGUUUCCAAGAUCUUCCGAAGGAACUUGAGCAGGAAAACAUCGAACAGAUAAAGGCGAAUUUAGUGGCUCCUCAUGUGAAGCCUGAGAUUACCCAAUCAGCACCAAUUUUUGCUGACAACGUAGCUGCAAGGUUUUGGAAAAUGAAUGCAUCAAACAGGACUGUUCAUUCCUACAAACUCCCAACACCAGCUGAUGACAAGAACUCCGCUUCAGCAGUCACCAACACAUCGCCUCGUUUAGAGCAACCUGAAAGUAAACCUCAUGUGGCAGCAAAUUUGUGGCAUUCCUCUCCACUGGUGAAAGAUUUUAAGCCGAGCUCCAUGUAUAGUGGACCUGUUAAGAUGCCGUCAAGUACCGAUGGGAUAUCAACGCCACUAGUUUAUUCAUACUCCACAUCAGAUUUUAAGAAAAUGAAGAGGGAAGCUUUUUCUGGCCCAAUUCUGAGCAAAGCAGGACUGAGCAAGCCCUUGUUUUCUGCUACUGAUCACAUACCAUCUAUGAACAAUCCUCGUGCAAUGUCAACAAAAUCAUAUGGCCCAGGUUGGCAGUCAUCUGUGGCUCCAAAAGUUAACCCUAGGAUCACUUCACUGCCAACAACUUCCCCCAGAAUAAGUGAGCUUCAUGAGCUGCCUAGGCCUCCGGCAAAUGUAGGCAACCCCCAUCCUGGUUUGGUUGGAUAUUCUGGUCCUCUGGUAUCAAGGCGGCAGACACCUAAUGUACCAACUCAUGUGUCACCACCAUCACGUACAGCAUCACCGCUUCCACGGCCACCUGCUGCCAUGAGUCGCAGUUAUUCUAUACCUUCAAACAGCCAAAGAACACCUAUUAUUACUGUGAAUAAGUUGUUGGAGUCUAGGCAUAGCAGGGAGAGCAGCGAAGUUUCCUCACCCCCACUAACACCUAUAUCAUUGGCAGAUGUUUCCCGCAAAUCAACAGCAGAAACAACUGUAGACAACAAAAGGAUAAAGGAAACCUUGUGACCGUUUUCACGGUUCAACCCGUCAAUGGUCAUAGGCAAUUUUGUUUGUAAUUAACUGUGCGUUCUAGGACUCCCCCUAUCUAGUAUUUUUGUUUCUUGUGAAGGAAAAAAAAUGUAAAUAAAGUUAGCAUCAGUUCACCAAUGAAAGAUUCUGUCUCCAGUGUAUGCUUAUCUGAUGGACUAUUU